AUGGUAAAGGAAUUCAACACCCAAACAGAGCUUAGUGUGAGAUUGGAAGCCCUCUGGGCAGUGCUGUCCAAGGAUUUCAUAAUCGUGGUUCCAAAGGUACUCCCUCAUAUUGUGAAAGAUGUGCAACUGAUUGAAGGUGAUGGAGGGGUUGGUACGAUCCUCAUCUUUAACUUUUUGUCUGAUGUGUCCCCAAGUUACCAGAGGGAGAAGAUCACAGAGUUUGAUGAGAGUUCACAUGAAAUAGGGUUGCAAGUGAUUGAAGGAGGUUAUCUGGCUCAAGGAUUGUCUUACUACAAGACAACUUUUCAACUCUCUGCAAUAGGAGAGGAUAAGACUUUGGUCAACAUCAAAAUCUCUUAUGAUCAUGAAUCCGACAUAGAAGAAAAAGUCAAACCCACCGAAACAUCACAGUCCACUUUAUUCUAUCUUAGACGCCUCGAAAUAUACCUGAAUAGCUCUGCUUGA